UAUAAUCCAUGACUGGAAUAUAUCGGUUGAAGACACAGGAAUCGUAUUAUGCUCAAUGUCUACUUGAUACUAGGAGUUCUGUUCUAAAUCAGUUCUCAUUGCGAUGGCGCAGCGGUCGUGCGACCAACAACCGCCCGUUAAAGUUGACAGUCAGCAGGUCCGCAACCAUCCGCACUUCCCCCAUGCACAUCCUGGAUAAGACUGGACAGUCGCUUGUGCAUAAUGCGUGGACACUCUAAUCAGUGUUGUGUUUGGGCCUGCCUCGGAAUGGCGACGAUACCUAUGCUCAGGCAAUUUAGCAUGGAAGUCAAACUCGCGUGCGCCAGUCACCUCUUUGGAAUUGGAGACGAGAUUGGCCAAUGCGACCAACGUGGACACGAUACUUUGGAGGGAAUCCUCGUGUUGGUUGGUUGUCCGUUCCCGGAAAUCGAGGGCGAACGCGCUGUUCCUAGGGAACCGACCCCAGUGCUUCAGGGGACGCCAGUCCUUGGGGAAACUGACCAAGAUGAUCAGCUAUGGGCGGCGCUCAGAUCCAAUCAACGGGCAGUGGAAUGUCGGAAGCUACUAGUGCAACCGAUGAGCUCCGGAUUAUUUCGCCCACGGCCUUUGCCAAGUCUUCAUCGUCGUCCGCUUGACAGGGAAAGGUACUCCACUAGGCAACGAUCAACUGCCCGAUGGGGGCGUUGCGGAAGAUGAGGUGAAACCGAACAAAAAAAGAAGUCGUCAAUUAACCUUAGUAGCCGGGACCAAAAUUGGACACCGCCCGAUGGAAGCGAGGAAGGAUGAACCUAGGUAGUUGGAUGCCUAGGCACAUCUGUGUUCCAUCGUGGAGAAAAGAUGGCUGGGGGAAGUAACCGCC